CUCAAUAGCUCACAGAUUUCACCUGAUGAGAGAGAAGCACCCAGAGAAAUUCAACAGCCGGAUGAAGAACAAGCUGUGGUACUUUGAAUUUGGGACAUCAGAGACGCUGUUUGCUACCUGCAAGAAGCUCUACGAGUUCAUGGAGGUGGAGUGUGACGGCGUGCAGCUGGAUCUGGCCAACAGUUCUCUGGAGGGCAUCACAGUGCUGAACAUUCCGAGCAUGCACGGCGGCUCCAACCUCUGGGGGGAGACCAACACUCGACGGGUCAGCCGACGCAGCAGCAUGCGGAGGAGUGGCCGAGAGAAGGUUCAAGCCACCAUUGCCGACCAGCGCGAACUCAAGUUCUGCCAGCAAGACCUCAGUGACCAUCUGCUGGAGGUGGUUGGGCUGGAUGGAGCUAUGGAAAUGGGCCAGAUCUACACGGGGCUGAAGAGUGCAGGUUCCCGCUUGGCCCAGUGUUCCUCCGUGACCAUCAGGUAG